GAAUUUGUUCCUGCUCGUUCGCGACCGAUCCUAUAGCAGCAUUCUCCACUUCUAGCAGUUGCUCUUUGGUCAUCAAAUGAACAGUAUCGGUAAUUUGAAUUCCUUUACCAAACGUUUCAGGAGAAACAUCAGCACCCUCGCAUGUAUUAGCGUUCGACUUCCCACACCCACAAUAUUUUUGUAGUUACUUGCUCAAAGUCUAAAGCUAUUGGUGGUUUCUCUGACACGGUCCUUUUCACCCUCGCUCUUUUCUUUUCACCCUCGCGCGGCUUGACUAGUAAAUCGAAUUAAAGCAGCACCAAAAUGAGAUGAGUACGCAUCUUUCGCAACCCCCAAUUCUUGCGAGAUUUUUGUGCAGGCACUUUUCGAAAGACGUUCGGGGAAGAAGUAUAACGAGCACGCCCUCCUUUUUUGCGGUCGCAAGAGACCUUUCUCACAGCUGCAGCCUGCUACCACUCAACCCGCAACGAACAAGGACCAUGUCUACCGCAGCGACGUUUUCGAAUUUUCCGACCGAGCAUGAGCGUUUUCUCUUCGACCUGAAUGGAUACCUGGUCCUGCGCAAUGUCUUCACCGAGGCAGAAAUCGCGGGCAUGAACGCUGAGGUCGAUGGGUGGAAAAAAGAAAACAAAGUGGUAUACCGGGAAAAUAUGAAACUAAAAAACGCACCAACGACGACGUCGACGGAAACCCAGAAAAAUGGCGAUCAAACGGUCCCAAGUCCCAUGAGUGGCUUGACCACGUCGGCCGAGCACUCCAGGGGCGAUCUGGGGGGCAUAUUGUCCGCAAAAGCCUUUCGGAAUGUGUUGACGCAUCCAAAACUGGUCCCCUACUUCACGGCGUUGCUCGGGAGGGGCUACCGCAUGGACCACCAACCCUUUGUGAUUCUGCAGAACAAGGACUCCGAGGGAUUCUCACUACACGGCGGACCGGUCGGGGGGAAAGACCAUCGGUAUUUUGUGUAUCAAUUGAAGGAAGUGAGGACUUUCACAUAUGAUCUUCUGUUGCCUCGUUGAGUGUAGUCCUCACAACCACAAGAGUUCUUACGCUCUGUGUGUAACUAUCGUGAACGUGAUGUACUACAUGAUGUGCUAACAUUGGUUCCUGUAGAUGAUUUUUGUCCUGUAGAUGAUUCAUUAAAUCCUCUUCCUAUCAAACUCACAGCCCCAUCCCGGAGCUUCAAUACCAUUGCCAGAAUGGUUGGAUCACGCAAUCCCUGCUCGCCUGUUCUGUAGCGCUGCACGACGCGCCCGCCGGCGCCGGCGGCUACGUCGUGGUCCCGGGGUCGCACAAGCUGAAUUUCUCCAUGCCGCACGGGUUCGACGACGCGACGACCCUACCCGGCAAGGCUUUUUUCGAAGAACACGUGCAGCAGCCGGUGUUGAAGAAAGGGGACGUAGUAUGCAAGAAAAAAACUGUGUAAGUGUAACUUUCUUUGAGAAACAACAUUACAAAUUUGCCCUACAUGACAGAGAAAACCUCUCAUGCGUGGCAUGUAAGGGAAACGGAAAACACACAUGAAAAGAGGACUUCGUGGCUGUCUGGCAUGACAGGUGUAACUCUGUUGCAUGUUCUGCAACACAAAGUUACACUUACGCAGUUUUUUUCUUGGAUACGUAGUUCUCUUCUCCGAGGCGACCAUCCACGGUGCCGUCACCUGGAAGGCGGACUUCGAGCGACGAGUCGCAUUGUACUAUGGCGUAGUUCUCAACUGUUACAUUCUCAAGUGUUACAUGGAUUUGUCAUGCAAGAAUGGGACAAGUGAAAGGGGGGAGGUUGCAUCUGUAGCAUUACAAAUUCCGAACAGAUUUGGGUUCUGUUUAGCCAUUCGCAAAUUUGUCAUGCGAAGCAGCUUGAUCGUGUGGAUCUUGGUGAUCAUUUUGCAUGACAAAUCAUGUAACAGUUGAGAGUGUAACGUUUGAGAACGCCAUAUGUACCGGUUUGCGCCGGCGAAUGUCGCAUAUGGAAGGAUGUAUCUCGGGGAGGAAACGAAAGGCCCAUUUGGGCUGGAUUUGAAAGAAUUGACCGAAGAGGAAAAAGCGGUCUUGCUACCGCCGUAUGCGGUGAGAACCGAAAGAAUGUGUGUAGAAGUGGAUAAGGAAGAAGGUGGCCGUGUGAAGGUAGGCUUUGACAAAAGGACCGCAGAGAAAAAAGAGCACGACUUUAAGGUGUUUGGGACGAAAUGGUUUUAAUAUACUUCGAGCGGGAUAAGAUUCAACGGAAAGUUACGGCUAGAUAUCUGCCGAGUUUGCGAAGAGUUAGUCGACGAACUCAAAUUUAAUACAUUUUUCCGCGCCAGAAGAUCAAAAGAGUUGUGUUCAGUGCUAGUUCACUGUACUACAGCUGUCUAGGCCGUGGACAUCGACCGACGAGAGGACAGAGAGAUGCAAGCAGAAUUAGUAGCCACAGCUGUCCCUUAUCUAUGUUUCGCCAGCAGGAGCAGGAGGUAUUUUCUACAGCGAGAAGUGCUACGUAUUGCUACUGUACUUGGGGGCAACAAAGAGGGAUCACGAUCUUUACUGAGCUGAGAUGAGAAGAGCACGCACGUUGGAGAGGGUUGCUUCUUUUGUGAACUGCAAGAUGUGGUUGUGCGGCCACUUUGCG